ACCAUUAGAUUAUAGUGUUCUAUUUUUAUUUUUUUGUUUCUUCUUUGUGUUUAUGCAGAAGUUCGAGAAUACGAAAGUCUUGACAUUGAACUUCUGUAAAUAUUUAACCAAUAUACCCAAUGUCUCACAUCUUCCAAAUUUAGAAAAGUUCUCAUUUGAAAAUUGUGAUAAUUUAAUUACAAUUCACAAUUCACAAUUCUAUUGGGUACCUAAAUAAACUUGAAGUCUUAAAUGCAAAGGGUUGCAGGAAGCUCAAGAAUUUUCCCCCCUUACGGUUGACUUCUCUUAAGGAAUUGGAACUCAGGGAAUGUGAGAGUCUCAAAAAAUUUCCAGAAUUAUUAGGCAAGUUGACAAAUAUACAAGAGAUUAGGUUGAGUGAAACUUCCAUAAGAGAAUUACCAUUUUCAUUUCAAAAUCUAAGUGAACUUCGUAACUUAACAUUAUACGAGGGUGGAAUACUCAGAUUUUCGAGUAACAUUUUAAUGAUGCCUAACUUGUCAAAGAUUUAUGCUACAGAUUGUCGUCUGUUAUUGCCAAAACAUAAGGAUAUAUUGAGUUCCACAGUGGCUUCAAAUGUGGAAGAUCUUAUUCUUUCAAAUAACAACCUCUCAGAUGAAUGUGUCCGAGCAGUUCUCACAUUGUGCGCUAAUGUGAAAUAUCUAUACUUAUCAGAUAACAAUAUAAAAGUUAUUCCGGAGUGUCUUAAUGAAUGUCACCAUCUUAGUUGCCUUAGAUUGGAGGAUUGCAAGUCUCUUGAGGAAAUUAGAGGGUUUCCACCAAACCUAAAACGGUUUUCUGCAAUGCGAUGUGAAUCAUUAACUUCCUCAUGUAGAAGAAUGCUAUUGAGUCAGAAACUACUUGAGGCUGGAUGCAUUGAGAUUUGUUUGCCAACCGGAACUGAGGGGAUUCCUGAUUGUUUCGAACACCAAAGCUGGGGACAUACUGUUUCUUUCUGGUUUCGUAAAGAAAUCCCUUCUAUAAGUUCUGUUAUUCUCUUCUCUGAUCCUAAAGUACCUUUUGUAUUUGGGGAUGAUGAUGGUGAUACUGAACUAAGAGUCAAGUUGUGCGCAAUGGCUAUGAAUAUACUCUUUCAUGCAAUUGGUGGAUGAGUUCUCACUUUUGUGGGCUGCAAUUGGAUCAUACAUCUCUUUGAUCUGAAACUGGAAAAAAUGAUUCAAUUCUAUAACCAGCAUUAUGAAAAUCUCGGGUGUGAACUGGAUGAAGCACUUUUAAAAAAUGAAUGGAUUCAAGUAGAGCUUCAGUUGCUCGAGAAUGAUCCGAAUUUCCAUUUUUGUGAGGAACAUACACAAACUGGAACCGGCGUGUUGAAGAAGAAAAGAAGUUCUGAUCGGAGAAUGUCAGAUUCACCAAUCCUUAUAGAAAGAGAAAAUUAGAUGAAUAUCUAUCACAAUUCCACACUCUGUUGAAAAAGCAAAGAACAAUGGACUUGGAAGUUUCUGAGACAGAACUUGUGCAUGAGCAGCAACACCAUGCACAAAUGGCUUCUAUUGUUCCAUUGUAUUUCUUUCUUUGUUUGCUUGUUUUCUAUUUUGUUUUUCAUAUUGGACCACACGGAAGAUAGAUGAAUAAGAAAGUUUCCCAUAUUGGACCACACGGAAGAUGAGAAGGAAGUUUCCAUAUUGGACCACACGGAAGAUGAGAAGGAAGUUUCCAUAUUGGUCCACACGGAAGAUGAGAAGGAAGUUUCAGUCUUGGUAGUAAAAGUGUAGACUUGGUAGCCAAAACUUCAGAAAAUAAAUGGAAGAGAGAAUAUUGCAUAUCCAUGCUAGCC